AAAGGAUUUAGGGAAAAGAUUAAAUGAAUGCAAAAUAAGAGAGGGGAUAAAGUUCACUAAAAGCAAAGGAACAAAACGAAGGCAUACAAGAGACUGAAGAAGAAUAGAGAGGAACUUUGCUCAAUAAAAGAGACUGCAGGAACAAAAGGUCACAAGGGCACAAUUGACAGACCAGACCAGAAAGAGAAGACUAAAAGAAACACCAGCAUGACAUACCGGCUGUUUGAGGGGAAGGAUCACGCCUCCAUCUACCAAAAGUAUCGCUUACCACCUCCAGAUGAGCUCAAAAAUAUUAUUCUUCAAUACUUGGAUAACAAGAAGGGACAGCCACAUGUGCUGGCAGUGGACCUGGGAUGUGGAACAGGCCAGAAUUCUCGACUUUUGGCGGCACACUUUAAACAAGUGGUUGGAAUUGACAUUAGUGAAUGUGUGCUGGAGGAGGCCAGAGCUGUGCCAGGGUUCCCCAACAUCACAUACAGGAAAGGGAGAGCAGAGGAGCUUCCAUUUUCAGAUGGCUCUGUAGACUUGGUGACAGCAUCAACAGCAGCCCACUGGUUUGAUCACUCAAGGUUCCUGGCAGAGGCAAGUCGGGUUCUGAAACCUGGGGGCUGCCUGGCUCUGCUGGGAUACACUCUUACUAAAAUCAGAUUUCACUACCAGAACUAUGGAGACCGACUUGACCAUAUUUAUCAGGAGGUGAAGCAGGUGCUGAUCCCAUACACUAGCAACCCAGUAGCUCAAUGUGAUAGUAAGCAGGAGGAACUGUACUCUGCCAUCCCUUUUCCAGACAAAGAACGGAUUGAGUGCAUUCAAGUGAAGUCCUUCAUCACCUUGAAGAACCUGGUGGGAUUUAUUGAGACCUGGUCCAUGUUCCAAGCUUACAAGAAGAAAGACCCUCAGGCUGCUAAUGACCUGCUCCUCAACACCGAGAAGAGGUUUCUCGACGAAAUGGGAGUCACGUCUCCUGACACUGAAAUGGAGUGGGAGCUGGAAUAUUUCUGUAACCUGGCCUCAAAACCCAAAUAAAAACCAUUAUGACACAGGAUAUGUGUUGGGAGAGAUAAGAUACGUUACAAUUUACAAUAUAAUAAUAAUGAUAUAAUAUGACUUAAAAACAUUAAAACCUUUGAUGUAUAAA